AUGUGUGCAACCAUUGCCACACACUGUGGCCAAGAUUACACGGGCAUCGUCGACACUGACGCCAAAAUUUUUGAGACCGCUGAGGCUGCCGAGACGUUCGAGAGCGCUGUCGCCCUGUUGCAUAGAAGACACAUGCGCUACAGCCUCUACCAAGCUCUUUCCGACGCCAAACCGGGUCUUCUCGGAAUGCAGGCCGCACAGUUGAGCGCUGAAAACAAGCUGCUGGACAGCCAGGCCCGUCCCAUGACCGAGUCUAAGCUCGCGGAAAUGGAGCACAAAAAUGCGGCUCUUCACGCAACAAUUUGCAACCUUCAACACGGGCAUGCUGAAUCAAGGGCUGCUUGCGCUCAGGAGACAAAGGCCCGAUUUGCAGCCGAGACCGCUCGUGCAGAGGCGGAGACUGCUUGUACAAAGACGGAGAGCAAAACUGCAACUCUGCGCGCCAGAGCCAACGCCCGCCAGGUCAGCCUCGUCAGCACGGAGGCUUUUCUCAUUGAGGCACUUGAGCUUGCAGACGCUGCGGCUGAAAGAGCCCUUCUCUGCGAGAGCGCUCACUUAACGGCUAUCUUCAAUCUGAAAGUAGAGUCCACCGCACGCGCUGUGGCCGACUCCAAGCUCACUGAGGCUUUUGAUUUUGUGGAAUCAUCCUGCGCGCGGUUCGAUUUUAUUUGUGCCGAGGUCGGCGUCCAACGUGGCAAGCUCGACUCUGCCUACGACCUUGCAGUUUCUAUGGGCAAUCAGCUCAGCUGGACCCGCGCUAAGGUACACGCCCCCCUUCAACCCAAGGUUGCCCAAGCCGAGUCAAUAGCUGCUGACAAGCCCCUUUGGACGGCGAAUUCGAAUGUGGCCCUCACCAGCAACACUUCCACCGAAGCCGAGACCGAGGUUGAGGCCGAGGUCGAGCUUUCCAGUGCCAAGUUUUUGCGAAAGGAGUUUAAGCUCAACAGUGCUGAAGGCAUAAUUGCUUUGGCAAAGGCCAACAACAGACUCAGGGUUUUAGCAGACAAAUCGUAUCGGCUUAUGGAAGAACGUGACGAGGCAUUGGACACUGUCGAUAAUUUGUGCAAUAAAAUUAAUGAUUUACGCGAUGAAUUGGAUGAUCUGUAUCGCGUCCGCGCUUCAGCGAAUAUCGAGGCUAACCGCAGGUUUAACAAGAUUAAGGCCCUGCGUGAAAAGACACAGUCCCUCCUAGCUGAACACUGCACUUCUGGUCGGAGAUCGGAUGGCAAUAGUGCAUAAUUGUGCCAAUUCCGCCGACACUGCCAGAAAAAUUUCGACAAAGCAACGGCACAAGUGUACAUAACACAAAGGCCGCUGCUGACCAUCAACAAUGAUAGGCAAAACACUUCCUAAGUUUCAUUGAUGGCGGCGCAAGUGCUUGGGCAUUGGAGCUGUACCGGGUCCAAUGCCAAGUCCGAAUCGACC